AUGACCAUCACACUAGACGCCGCCGCCACUCUUCUUCACAUCUCACCUUGUGGUAAAUUUUUUGAUGCACUUGUGAAAAUGAAUACUAAUAAUACUGCAAUAGUUGCACAUGAGUUCUUAGGUGCAACAUGGGAGGAAGCAUGUGUUGAUGUUAGUUAUAAUAAGUAUGUGCAAUAUAGACUGCAAUGGUUGUGUUAUUUAUAUAGUCGUUUCAUUAAAACUAACAUGUUUGAGUGGGUGGCUAAAACGUACCUAUUCCAUUUAGUUGACAACACUAUUUUCACCGACAAAAUAUAUAUGUGUGUGGAAGCGAAAUGUGAUAGUGUGAUUAUUGAUUUAAAUCGUUGUCGGGACUAUUCAUGGGGUACUGCUGAAUUGGUUGUCCUAUAUGACAAUAUGGGAGAUGAAGCUGUCUGCGACACUCGACAAUUGGGAGGUUACAUAACGCUAUUACUGCGAGGCGAUAGAGGAGCGGUUAUUGAGUAUCUUCCAAGAGCAUGUAGGUGGAAUACAAAACACGUUGUUGAAGGUGGACUGACGAUAUAUCGACGAAGACUUGAUGCUUUGUUGCUCGAGGAUGUAGUGUUUAAACCAUAUGAUGAUGAUCGAGCUAAUCAUCCGUUUGCAUCGACUUCGAUGUUCUCUGGAUACCUUCGAUGUGGUGGAGUCUCAGUCCCAUAUCUGUUGGAGCGAUCUCUCCAACAAUUUGGUCAUACUCAUGGAUUGAAGCUGAAGAAGUUUGCUGAAGUUCAUGUGCCAGAUGUUAUACAACAUUGGAUACGGGAAUCUAGGCUGCUACAUUUGUUUUUAGCUUACCACACUAUGGCUGAUGAUGGUCUAAUAUCUGUUUUUGUUGAAAGUUGA